GAGGCGCGUGCGCGCUGUCUCCCUGUGAGGGAGGCGAGAACAUGGCGGAAGCGGAGUGAAGGGUUCGUACGCCGAGCGGGCUGCUGACUCUCACCAUCUUAAUAACACACAACAUCUUUUAAGAUGCCACAAUGCUAAUUCUCUAGAUUAUGCUGCAUUCAUGAACAGGACAAGGUUCUUCCUCCUCAGUGAGUUUAAUAACAUUUCCUCCCAGAGGCAGGAUCAUUCCGCAACUAUGGAGAAUGAAUCAAGCACAACAACUUCUUCGACAGGCACAACCACCAUUGCUACUACAUCUUCCCCCUCCCGUACACAACCACCCCAGAUAUCUGUCUACAGUGGUUCAGAUCGACAUGCUGUGCAGGUCAUUCAGCAGGCCUUGCAUCGUCCUCCCAGCUCAGCUGCACAAUACCUUCAGCAGAUGUAUGCAGCUCAGCAGCAACAUCUAAUGUUACAAACAGCAGCUUUACAACAACAACAUUUGAGCAGUACUCCAUUCCAGAGUUUGGCCAAUGUUCCACAGGCAAAUCUUUCAGGUGGGAGGCAGUGUGCUUCUCCUAAUGGCAGUGUCAGUCAGCAGUCCAGCAUGUCAGAAACCUCGAUUAAUCUUUCUGCUUCUCCUACACCUGCACAGCUAAUAAGCCGUUCACAGACCUCCAACACUAGCAGCAGCAGUCUGACGCAGCAAACCAUGUUGCUAGGGAGCACAUCUCCUAAUCUGACUGCCAGUCAGGCUCAGAUGUAUCUCCGAGCUCAGAUGCUGAUUUUUACGCCUGCUACCACUGUGGCGGCUGUCCAGUCUGACCUCCCUGUUGUGUCCUCAUCAUCUUCGUUUCCCUGUCAGUCUGCAGCUACUCAGGUCCAGAAUUUGACUUUGCGGAGUCAGAAACUGGGUGUAUUGUCUACUUCUCAAAAUGGAACGCCCAAAAGUUCUAGUCAACCCCAGACAUUAGCUGUGUGUCCUAGCAAAUCUGUAACCGGUGCCAAAGCCAGCCAAUCAGAUCUAGAAAGCAAAAGGAAAGGAGACAGCCCAAAUGCUGAGCCUCGAAGUCCAGCUGUUACCCGUACGUCAAGUAUUCAUCAGUUAAUGGCACCAGCCUCAUAUUCUUCAAUGCAACCUCAUUCCCUGUUAAAACAUCAGCACCCUUCUCUUCACUCGCCACCUUGCAAGCUCUCUCACCAUCAGUUAAUCUUUCAGCAGCAGCAAGUCCAACCAAUCACACUCCAACUGCCUCCCAGCCACGAAGCCCCUCCAUCCCAGCACUGUGCUUCCCUUCAGAGCCAUCCUCUGACUCCAGAUCCCACCAUUACCCCAUCCCAGCACUGUACUCCUGUCCAUGUCCACCCUCCUCCACUUUCUCCAACCCCAUCCCCAUCCCCACAACAAUCCGUUGUAGUAUCCCCACCGCCAGCUACUUCGCCCAGCCAAUCCCCCAGUAUAAUUAUCCACCCCCAGGCUCUUAUUCAGUCCCAUCCACUAACAUCGUCGGCGCUUCAGUCCGAACAUAACUCAGUGCAAGCUGACGACAGUUCAACACAAUCAACCUCACAGUCUGCCGCUCAUCCUCCCCAGUUGUCCCCUUCCCCAGUAGUCCAUGUGGGUCCAGCAGAUCACCCUUCCAUGCUGUCCCCCAGCCAACAGAUGUCAUCGCCAUCAUCUCAUCAACCGUACCCAACUUUGCAGCCAGCACCAGUUCCGCUUGCAACCACUCCACAGCUGUCAUCAACUCCAGCCCACCCUCAACAGAUGACCCAUCCUCCUGUUUCGUCUUUGCAAGUCCAGCCUGAACUUUUGUCCCAAGAUCAGGUUUUGGUACAAAAUACUUUAGUUUCUGAAGAGGAGCUUCCCGCUGCUGAAGCUUUGGUCCAGCUGCCACUUCAGACUCUCCCGCCUCCCCAAACAGUUGCAGUAAACCUCCAAGUGCAACAAGCAGUACCUAUUGAAACCCCAGUGCUUUAUCAGGAGGAAGAUAUCUGUGAAGAUGAGAUGCCUGAGGACUCAGAUGGUGUUCGUAUGGCUAGGACUCCCACCCCACCAACACUGUCACCACCAGCUAUCACUUUAAGAAGCAGAGAAGAGCUUACUUAUGACGAUGCUUUUCCAGAACAAGAGGGACAUUCUUCAAUGGCCUCAUCAGUCAGCGCAUCUGUAAUUAAAUCACCAUCAGACCCUUCACAUGCCUCUAUUCCACAGCCACCUAUUUUGCUCCCAGCAAUUGCAACAAGGACUAACAGCGCAUCAGUGUCCAAUAGAAACCCUAGUAUAGAAAGCAAACUUCCACAGGCUAUCGUUAAACCACAAAUCCUGACUCAUGUUAUUGAGGGCUUUGUGAUCCAAGAGGGUUUAGAACCAUUUCCUGUAAGUUGUUCAUCUCUUCUGACUGACCAGCCUGCAAAAAAGAGACUCUUGUUGGAGGAGCAAGUUGUGAACGUUAUGUGUGUUGAACCAGAGCUUCAGAACAAUGCCAAACAUGCAGACAACUCCUCAGACACAGAGAUGGAGGACAUAAUUACUGAAGAGGGGCUGGAUGAGAUGGAGACAGAUCUCCUCAAGUGUGAAUUUUGUGGGAAAAUGGGGUACGCAAACAAGUUCCUGAGGUCGAAAAGGUUCUGCACCAUGUCCUGCGCUAAGAGGUAUAACGUGAGCUGUGGUAAGAAAUUUGGAUUAUACUCAUCAGACAAGAGCAGCCGUUGGAGCCGUAGUCCAGAUAACCCAGGUCUUGGGCGGCGAGGGCGGCGUCCAAGUGGCUCUGAUGGAGCUCCAAGGGAACACUUCCUUAGACAGCUACCAAUUACUUAUCCAUCUGCAGAAGAAGACUUGGCCUCUCAGGAAGACAGCGUGCCAGUUGCCAUGACCACUCGCCUGCGAAGGCAAAGCGAGAGAGAGAGGGAGCGGGAGCUUAGGGAACUGAGAAUUCGGAAAACAGCCGACAACAUGGAUUUGUCGCCAGCCAUGCAGUCGGUCCCAUCAGGCUGGACCGUUGAAGAUGUCUGGGCCUUCAUCCACUCAUUACCUGGUUGUCAAGAUAUUGCUGAUGAAUUUCGAGCCCAAGAGAUUGAUGGGCAGGCUCUUCUCUUAUUAAAGGAGGAUCAUCUCAUGAGUGCAAUGAAUAUUAAGUUAGGACCUGCACUAAAAAUCUGUGCACGGAUCAACUCUCUGAAGGAAUUGUAGUGGAAAACCAAGGUCUAAACCACAGUUUUAAAUUGACUUGUAAAGUAAUAAGCCAACAUCUCAGUGUUUGAUGCAAUUAUUACCGCUUUGCUUUGCUAAGCAUUUUUUUUCCACAUAAAAACUGUUGGGAGGAACAUUUUUAAUAUGAACUUUCAAACUUUCCAGCUAUUCAGGAAGCGUAAGCUUUGCUGGUUUAAAAAUUUAGUCAAAACCUGAGUGAGGUAGAAUCAGUGGGAAGCUCUUAAGAAGUGUAUGUAAAAUGUUAUGGGUGAUGCUUAUUCCAAAAAAAGGCAAUUACAAGAAUUAAGCUUCUUUUGAAUAUAUAACCUUGAUUACAGUUUUACAUUGUGUUUCUAUACACGUUUUUCCUUUAUAGAAAGCUUUUACAAAUAUGGAUUAACAGAAGAGUCCACAGAGUCUGUGGAAGCAUUGACUAUGGUAAAAUGCUAUGCAUUUAAUUGUGCUCAUUGGAUUUCAGUUAAUCUUGAGCCUAUGGUUUGAAGAGAACCUGUCGUUCACCUUCUCUUCUCUCUUAAUGCUACAGCUCUCCCACCAUGAUACCAUUUCCUUUAAGUAGUGUGGAAGCUUUUCUGUAAACAUAUGUCAUAUUUUGGGAAUCCUGCAAACCUUCCACCGUUACCGUAGAAAUGUUGAUCUUACAGGUCACAUGUGCCCUCCUUGCCAGUUUAAGCAGAACCCCCAUCAAUAUUUAGAUUAGUCAAUGGGAAGGCAUGAAUGGGUGGAGCUUCAGAGUGAGUAUGAUGCAUGCAGUAGUAUAGCUGCAGGGCAUGGUUUCUAGCAUUAACAGAAGCACAUACAUUAUCUCUUUGUAUGAUGCUAUGUAUUGAAGAGGGCAUUAUGUUACUGUCUUUUUGCCUUUGCUGCUGGUUAAUGUAGACCAAAGGAGUUGACGCUUAUCUGUCCAAUCCCGAGAGUAGAUCCAUAUGCUAGUCUAGUGUGUUCUGAUAGAAUAAUUUUUAAAGAAGCAAAAUAGCGACUAUGCUUUGUUUACAUCUGUCUUUUGUGUCUUCCUUCCUUCCUUCCUUCCUUCCUUCCUUCCUUCCUUCCUUCCUUGAAUGCUGGUAGGGAUGUCUUAUGAGUUGACAGUUAUUGGAAGAAGCACAGGUUGAAAUUACAUUGGUUUCAGCUCUUAACGUUUUCUCACAACCCAGUGUUAUCUGCAGAAACUGUCCAUCACAGUGACGGGGAUCCUAAAUCAGUGGCUCCAAAGUAUUAUUAGCAAGUGGUCAGAUGUUUGCCUUCGGCAUCUGCUUAAUAUUUUGCACUAUAAACCAAAAUAUCUUGUUGCCAUGAUAGGGCUUGAUCAGCCAUGCACAUCAAUAAUUUUUCUUGCGUGAGAUAACACUUGAGAAUGGUGACCUUUAUGGUAGAAAAGAAAUUCUUUGUAGCAGAUUUCUUCCAAUUCAAAACUCCCCAGGGAACUACAGUUCCUGUCAGCCUAGCUAGGAUAGGGGAAGCCUCCAUGUAAUUGAAUGUAAAUCUUCCAUAAGGUCUCAUAAGGUCUGUAUUCAUUUCCGACAUAGGUAGACUUUAGUAUAAUAUAAUUAAUAGAGAUUUGUUUCUUGGGAAGAACUUAAAGAAAGCUACUGUAGUUAAUUCCUCAGUACUAGCAAAGAUACCUGAUUAUGGUUAUUCCACUGAAGGAAUCUGUCAAAAUAGAUAAAGGGUGAUUUUUCAUUUAUUUCCUUCCUGCCUAUCGGUGGUCCUAAAAUUGCAAAACUGGAAGAUUCCCAAAAUCAGUCUGGAUGGGGAGCAAAUAAUCACUCUGCCCAUGCGUGUUACACUGACUGAUGGAAGGUCAGUCAUUAGGACUUACAUGGGUAUCAUCCUGUAUAUGAUAAGUGAUAAAUAGUAUUCAAGAUAUAAAUCUCAUAAAAAGUUUUUUUCUCUAUUUGAUUAGAGAAUUAUUAGAUAACAAUGCUUAUUACCUCUGUUGAUUGAUUGACAGUUAUUUAGAGCUAGCAAGAGCACUUAAGACUGAUGUGUUUUACUGAUUUCAUAUCUGGUAUUUUGGAGUGCUUUCAGAAGGAUUCCUAGCUGUUUUUGUAUUGACAGAUGAAUAUUGAAGGUUAUUUGAAGCUCAAAGCAAUCCAUUUCUGUAUAAAUUAAAUGUCAGGAUUCUGGCAGUUACUGCUAUUGUUGAAACCUGCCCAUGGGAAAAAAAAUCAAAGAUAGUAUUUCAUUAUUCUCCAAUUGUCAACUUUUACUGUGAUUACAUUAUUCAUAUAGAAAGACUUUUUUGUAUCUAUAUAGCAAAAAUCUGACAAUUUGUUUUUAGCCAAGCAAAGAUUAUGAGCAACAAUUGGAAAUAAAGAUAGCUUUGUGAAGGGAAUUUAUGCCAAAGCGGAAUUACAAAUUUGGCCCCAUUUGUUGAACUUCCAAACAAAAAUAGCCACUUCGGUCCCAUUCACUUUAAAGAAUUUAAGGGUGGGGUCAUCUAAAGGACUAAAUUAAAGAAUCCAUGCAUGCUGAUUUAUAAAUCACUUUUAGCAAACGAUUUCAAUUUUACACAGUUGAAUAUCGGGUUGAUUUAGUUUUGUGAAUGAGUUGCCUUUCAACUUUUAUAUUUUAAAUAUCUAAAUGCUACAGCAUUUUUUUCCAUAUUCUGUAGUUGUCGGCAGAGCACAAUGUCAUAUUCAUAGUAGUAUAAGUAUUAUAUAUUUUAACACAAAUGCACACUUGACUUUCAUCAGCUGCACAAUGUUAUAACCUAACAGUAAUUUUCUAAAGAGGAUUAUGGUAUUAUUCUUAUGUAGUCAAUACUAGUAUUGUUCCUCUGAAGAACGCAAGAUAUGAAGAGAAGCACAAAGGAUUCUAUUCAUGAGGG